CUGGAGGGCACAGGCGCUGGCAGCAACCCGGCUCCAGUUUUUGACCCCGUUAAGUCCCCGGGAAAAUGGAACGUUCCGCUCUUUCUGCCCGCAGAGGAGAGGUGGGGGAACCCUUCGUUUUCGUCUAGGAGAGACAACGCGGGCGCAGCCACCGGAAUCCGGGAUGCCGGGAGCCGCGUUACGGGAAUCGCAGUCGCCCCCGAAUCCCGCCCCCUUGGCGUUGGCGGUCUCUAGACCAAUAGCCGGCUGCGCCGGGACCAGCAGGGACCAAUCAGUGCACAGGCCCCGGGCCCGAAGGCGGGGCUCCCGGGGGCACCGGGGAGGAGGGGUUAAGGGGCGCCGCGCUCGUCAGGAGAGGAGGGCCGAGCGCGGUGGCCGCGGGGAAGGAGCUGCGCGCGGACGUAGGCUCCGGCGAGCGGCCGCGGGGCCCACGGAGCUGUCAGGCGCCGCCCGGGCUCUGCUGAGCUGGGGGUCGCGCCCGCCUGGCCGUCGGGUCCGGCUUGGCCAGGCGUCCAGGGGGUCGAGCGCGGGGCAGACGCAGAGGAUCGAGGUUCCGGAGCCAGAGAAAUAUACUUCCAAGAUGAUGCUGAAGGUCUGGCUUGUGCAAGUUUUGGUUGUUUUCCUCAUCACUGAAUGUAUAGGUGAACUUGUGGAUACAUGUGGUGUUAUCAGCCCUGAAUCUCCAGUUAUACAGAGUGGUUCUAAUUUCACAGCAUUUUGUGUGUUGAAGGAAAAAUGUAUGAGUGUUUAUGAAGUAAAUGCUUCUCACAUUAUCUGGAAAGUAAACCGUGUUCUUAUUCCUGAAGAACAGUACACUGUCAUCAAUGCAACAACAUCCAGUGUCACCUUUACAAAUACAGGUUUAUUAAAUGUUCAGCUUAUAUGCAAUAUUCUUGCAUAUGGACAGAUUGAGAUGAAUGUCUAUGGAGUCAGAAUCCAAACAGGCUUUCCUCCAGAAAAACCUAAAAAUUUGAAUUGCGUUGUGAAGGAAGGGAAAAAGAUGCUGUGUCAGUGGGAUCCUGGGAGGGAAACACACUUGGAAACAAAUUACACUUUAAAGUCUGAGUGGGCAACAGAGAAGUUUGAUGAUUGUAAAGCAAAACCUGACACCCCCACCUCAUGCCUUGUUGACUAUUCUCCUGUGUAUUUUGUCAACAUUGAAGUCUGGGUAGAAGCACAAAAUGCCCUUGGGAAGGUUUCUUCAGAUCAUAUCAACUUUGAUCCUGUAGAUAAAGUGAAGCCCAAUCCACCUCGUAAUUUAUCAGUGAGCAACUCAGAGGAGCUAUCCAGUAUCUUAAAACUAACAUGGAUCAAUCCAAGUAUUAUGAAUGUUAUGAGACUGAAAUAUGACAUUCAUUAUAAGACCAAAGAUGCUUCAACUUGGAGCCAGAUUCCUCCUGAAGAUACAGCAACAACCCGAACUUCAUUCACCGUCCAGGACCUCAAACCUUUCACAGAGUAUGUGUUUAGGAUUCGCUGUAUGAAGGCAGAUGGCAAGGGCUUCUGGAGUGACUGGAGCAGAGACGCAAGUGGGAUCACAUACGAAGCCAGACCAUCGAAAGCACCAAGUUUCUGGUAUAAGAUACUCUCCCAUACUCAAGACUCUAGAUCUGCACAGCUCAUAUGGAAGGCCCUGCCUCCUUCCGAAGCCAAUGGGAAAAUCUUGGAUUAUGAAGUGACUCUAACAAGAUGGAAAUCAUGUUCACAAAAUUACACAGUUAGUGACACAAACUUCACAGUAAAUCUCACAAAUGAUCGCUAUAUAGCAACACUAGCAGCAAGAAAUCUGGUUGACAAAUCAGAUACAUCUAUUUUAACUAUCCCUGCCUGUGACUUUCAAGCUACUCACCCUGUAACGGACCUCAAAGCGUAUCCCAAAGAUAACGUGCUCUGGGUGGAAUGGACUCCUCCAAAUAAAGCUGUAAGGAAAUACAUACUUGAGUGGUGUGUGUUGUCGGAUAAAUCACCCUGUGUUCCAGACUGGCAGCAAGAAAGUGGUACCAUCCAUCGCACCUAUUUAAGAGGGAAGCUAAUGGAAAGCAAAUGUUACUUGAUAACAGUUACUCCAGUAUAUGGUGAUGGACCAGGAAGCCCCGAAUCUACCAAGGCAUACCUUAAACAGGCUCCCCCUUCCAAAGGACCUACUGUUCGGACAAAAAAAGUGGGGAAAAAUGAAGCUGUCCUAGAGUGGGAUCAGCUUCCUGUUGAUGUUCAAAAUGGAUUUAUCAGAAAUUAUACCAUAUUUUAUAGAACCAUCAUUGGAAAUGAAACUGCUGUGAAUGUAGAUUCUUCCCACACAGAAUAUACAUUGUCCUCUUUGACUAGUGACACAUUGUACAUGGUACGAAUGACCGCAUACACAGAUGAGGGUGGAAAGGAUGGUCCAGAAUUCACUUUUACUACACCGAAGUUUGCUCAAGGAGAAAUAGAAGCCAUAGUCGUACCUGUUUGCUUAGCAUUCCUGUUGACAACUCUUCUAGGUGUAUUGUUCUGCUUUAAUAAGCGAGACCUAAUUAAAAAGCACAUCUGGCCUAAUGUUCCAGACCCUUCAAAGAGUCAUAUCGCCCAAUGGUCACCUCACACGCCCCCAAGGCACAACUUUAAUUCAAAAGAUCAAAUAUAUUCAGAUGGCAAUUUCACUGAUGUAAGUGUUGUGGAAAUAGAAGCAAAUGACAAAAAGACUUUUCCAGAAGAUCUGAAAUCCCUGGACCUAUUCAAGAAGGAAAAAGUUAGUACUGAAGGACAUAGCAGUGGCAUUGGGGGGUCUUCCUGCAUGUCAUCUUCUAGGCCAAGCAUUUCUAGCGGUGAUGAAAAUGAGUCUGCACAAAACACUUCGAGCACAGUCCAGUAUUCUACAGUGGUGCACAGCGGCUACAGGCACCAGGUUCCAUCAGUUCAAGUUUUCUCUAGGUCAGAGUCCACUCAGCCCUUGUUAGAUUCCGAAGAGCGGCCAGAAGAUCUACAGCUGGUAGAUAAUGUAGACAGCGGUGAUGGCCUUUUGCCCCAGCAACAGUACUUCAAACAGAACUGCAGUCAACCUAAAAGCAGUCCAGAUAUUUCACAUUUUGAAAGUUCAAAGCAAGUUUCAUCAAGCAAUGAAGAAGAUUUUCUGAGACUUAAACAGCAGCAGAUUUCAGAUCCUGUUUCACAGUCCUAUGGAGCCGAGCAAAUGAAAAUGUUUCAGGGAGUUUCUACAACAGAUGCAUUUGGCUUUGAGACUGAGACACAGGCAGAGAAAUUGGAAACACUUGGAAUGGAGGCUGCACUUGAUGAAGGAAUGCCUAAAAGUUACUUACCACAGACUGUGAGACGAGGUGGUUAUAUGCCUCAGUGAAAAGACUAGUCUUCUACUUCAACAGUACCUAUGAAGCUAAACAUGUUUUAUCUGUGAUCUCAGAAAAAAAUCAUCUUCGCUCCCUGAAGAUGAUUAUUUGCCCUUAUAGGUAAAAUCUCAUUUGGGCUAUUUCCAUUCCAGAAUAUCUGGGAUUGCACUUUAAGCACUACAGAAACUGACUUUAUCCUCUGAAUACUGAAUAAUUUUGUGUUCUUUCCGGACAUUUGCACUGAAGAAAAUCAACUUGUCUGAAAUUAUAAAGUAAAACUUGUGUUUUCCUACAUAGAAAACAGAAGUUAUUUAAAUAAGGAGCAGUGGUAUACCCUACUUAACACAGCUGUACUGUUUUUUGAUUAGAAUAAUUAUCAAAAAGUAUGUUAGGGAUGGUUAAUUUAAAAAAAUAAAAGUAGGGCUGGGGAUUUAGCUCAGCGGCAUAAGCACCUGCCUUGCAAGCAGGCAGUUGUGAGUUCGAUCCCUGGUACCGAUAAAAAGGAAAAAGACAAAAAAAAAAUAAAUAAAUAAAAGUAGCAAGGCCUGGAUGCUCUACUUCAGCUGCCCGCAUAAAAUUUAAGAAGCCUAUACACCUUAACUACCUGAGGCUAGGUUUUAAGAUCUGACAAAAAGAAAUGGUGAAGACAGGUUCAUUUAUAGUAAAAAUUCAUCAAUUUCCUUCUGUUGGUAAUGAUGCUGCCACUUGUUACUGAGAAAAGCAAAUCAGAGCUUUAACUUGGCAGAUUAUAUUCAUUUUUUAAUAUGUAAUUUUUAAGAUUUCACUAAUUUUUUAAAAUUUACUUUUCAUUAUUGAUAACUUUGAAGCUCCAUCUCACAAAUUCAGCAGUGCCCUGCUGGGAACUAGCUGUGGACGCUAUGAACUAUCCUAAGCAUUCUAAAAAUUGCCCUUUUUAAAGUCUUAAUAUUUCUCUUAUAUAAACAUCACUGACCCUUGUUCAGAAUUCAGAAGAUUUGGUUGAAAAACACUUUAUACCAAUAUGUCAUCAGCCUAAAAUGUAUUUUAAUUGAAUAUACUUUAAGAAUGCCAAGGUUUAAUUUUUUUCUUUUUUUACUUAGGUAUUUGUAGCAAUCUUAGAGGACAGUAUUCACCAAAACAAAAGCAAGAACUCUUACAAUACACAUAUAGAUACAAAUAUCACAACUAGCAAAUAUCCUUACACCUAAUUAAGAGAUAGGGGUUUUGUUUGUUUUUAUUGUUUUUUCCUGGGGUAGGUUUGCUUUUGGUUUGUUUUUCUUUGAAACAAGCUCUUACUCUGUUGCCUCAGCUUGCCUUGAACUCCAGGGGUCAAGUAGUCUCCCUGCCCAUCCACUGAGACCACAGGUGUGUGCUAACACAGCCAGUUAUUUUAAACCUGUUCUUCCAUUUGUUUUCUUCAGGGGAGAGGUGACCCAGAAGUCUUUUUUAGCACUAAAAUUACUAAGACAUUUAUGCUAUCCCCUAUGACAUAUGACAUGGAUGAAAGAUGUUGCAUAAAAAAAAUUGUCCUACAUCAUUAGUGAUUGACUACUACCAUCAAGUGAAUUCAGAGGAAAAAGAUUUUUCUCAUAUAUUUUGAGUUUCAGAAACAGGCAGACUUAAAAGUACUUCUAGGUUAUUAAAGAAAAAAGGCUAAGAAAAAUUGGUAUGCAUUUGCAGUUGAAAUAUUCUACUUUUUGCUUAGAAUAUUGUUCAGAUUAGACUUCCUGUUAUAGUUUAUCAUUUGAAUUCUUUCUUGCAUUUACAUAGUGCCUAAUACUUUCCUGAGUUCUUUCACAUAUAUGAUCUUUGUGAGAUGGUAGAUGCUUUUUUCUAAUAGAUCCUGUUUCCUGCUUUCGGCAAAACCAACAUUAGAUUGGUCAAAUGACAGGAUUAGAACUAGAUGAGGAAACUAAGGCCUAGUAGAGAGGUCAAGUAGGGGUAGAAAACCCCAGUCUCACACUACAAGAUUAAAGCAUCGCCACUGACCACAUUGGUCAUGAAAGACUAGUCCAGAUCAGGACUGGAUUUGUCUUGCUGUGUAUGUAUAUGUCCAUCAGGAACUUGUACCUGUUAAAUUUUUAUUUUCUCCAAGUAGUGAUGCAAUGGUGUUUAGCUUAACCUUCCUCAUAAAAAAUAGUGUUGAGAAGAAUGGUAUAGUGUGAUGUGUGUACGUUUUGGGGGCAGUUUUAAAAUGUGAACUCACAGUAUGAGACUGUUCAAUGAGGAAAUGACCCCAUGUAAGUGAAUUUGCAUGUUGAAACUCCUAGAGAAUAUGGGACAGUGAGCAGUGCCCCCAGCCUUAGAGCACUUUAGCUAUAUUAAAUGGUUAUAUGAUUAUGGUGCAAAAAUUCACUUAGGAAUUACGUAUUUGAGCACUUAAUAUGUGUAUUUUUGCCCUAAAAAAAAAAAAAAAAAAAAAAAACUUGUUUUAACUACAGUUACUUUCUUAGAGCAUGUUUUAGAGUAAUGUGUUUUGAUGCAUGUACAUUGUAUUUUGUAUGCUUAGAAAUCAAUCUGAUUUACAUAAAAAUUAGUCAAUAAAGUUAGUGCAUUUAUUACUCUUUAAAUUAUUAGUAUCUAAAAAAUGUGGUUUAAAAUAGUGCUAGCACAUUAGAAAACAGGCUUUUUGUGACCAAACCUAGUUCACUGCUUUUGAUGCAGUUUCCCCCAUUAGAAUUGGGGAGCAGCAGAAGAUCCAACGUAUGUUGCAUGUGUUACUGUUGUUACUUGAUUAUCAAUUACUGGUGUCUUUGGUAUACUGACCUUAUUUCAUGAAAACAUAAUGCUGAAUAACUGUUAGAAAACUGUAGAACUUUGUGCUUGCUUUUAUUAAGAUCUAAAUUUUUAAUCUUUUUGUUUUAGCAUGAAUCAGUCAGUACUUAGGAACAUAUCCAACAUUUGAGUAGAAGCAGGGAGAAAAAUGCAAACUCAUGUAUUUGUGUCUGUUUUCUACCUAUUUUCUACCUGUUUUCUACCUAUUAAUUUCAGCCUUAUUGAUAAGGGAUUUUACCACAUGGAGUCAUCCAAUAACCGUAGCUAGCUCUUAUUGUGAAGCUAAAAGUGAAAGGAGUUGAUGUGUACUUAAAAGACAUCUUUUAUCAAACCUCAUUGUAUAAAGCAUCAAAGUAUAAGUAUAAAGCAUCAAAAAUAGUUCUAGGAAUAAAUACAAGGCAGACAAAUACAAUGUUUACAGGUGUCUUUUUUCCUGCCAUAGGUAAAACCAUGACAUAAAAUGUAAAACUAUAACAAUUAUGUAGAAUUACCAAGAUUUCUAUUUCAGAAGUUUUGGUGAGAUGAAUAAAAUAUCAAAGUAAUUUACCUAAAAACUCAAAUUGUUUUAAAAUUAUUGAAAUAGCUUUCUAUUGCAGUAUGCACUUAAACUAUGUUACCCAAUUAAGACUACUUUUUAGAAAGAUUAUUUUUACUUUGCUGAGAAUUAGAAGCCAUAAAAUGGUGCAGUAUUCAAAGUUAGCUUCAAAUUAGGCAUUAUCAGGUUUUAAAGAUAGAUCUAGCAAACAUACAGCUCAGUUUUUGGCAGCCAUUCCUUUUCACUGUUAAUAAACAGUUCAUGUGUAAAUCAAAAUUUUCUAAAACCAAAUGUAGUACUUUUUAAUUAGUCUUUUUCUAUCACAUAUGCUACCAGUAUAUGCAUAUAAUACUCUACUGUACAUUGCAUUAAAGAUAAAAAGUGGCAGCUCAGGUCGAGCUCUGUUCUUGACUCCUAUAUCUCUAGUGACUUUUUUCAGUCAGUAACUCCGUCAAACAGGUUAAUUUCAUUAUCCCAUUAUUAUAGUUGAUGGAUCAUGAUGAAAAUACAGUUAAGGCCGAUGAUGAUAAUUUUAUCCCUUGAACAUAAGCUUUGUCUGGUAACUACAUAUUUCAGUGCUGUUACAUUAAUACUGAGGUGUGAAAGUCAGAUACAAAGGUGAAUUUUUGAAAAUAUAGUAUUAAUGUGUAUGUAGUAUAUGUUUGCUAGCGUGACAUGCAGAGAUUAGCAUUAGAUAGAUCUGUGUAUCCCAGCUAUGCCUCACUCGUAAGUGCAAUCCUCUCCUGUUCACUUGCUGUUUUACUCCACCUCACCUGACUUCAUUUGGAAGACUGUAUUAUAUGUAUUUUUGCCUUUGCAGUGAUUUGCAUGUGCUGACUAUAUCCACAGCUAUAUUUUUAUGUUGACACAACUCUAAUGUUAUCAUAAAUGUUUUAUUAUAUAUUAGUUCUAAUUUUUGAAAUAACUUUAAGAAAUAAAUUCUAGUUCAAGA